AUGGCUUCUUUAAUGAAUGCGGGUCCUAUCGCAUCUGAUCAGCCGGGCUACUCGUUCUCCAAUGCAGCUGCUGGACCACUCCAAGCGGCAGGAACCAGACAACAUGCCUUCUAUCCAUACACGGACAAUGGCGGCUCGACGUUAGGCAUCACGGGCGCCGACUUUGCCAUUCUGGCAGGCGACACGCGUUCUACGUCGGGCUACAACAUCAACUCCCGGUUCGUGCCCAAACUGUUCCGCAUCGGCGAAGAUUCCUCGGACGAAAAGGCAUCCCGCAUCGUGCUCGCAGUGGUGGGCUUUGCAGCCGACGGCAACGCGCUGAAGGAACGGCUCGACGCCAUCGUCAAAAUGUACAAAUACCAACACGGCAAGCCCAUGAGUGUGAAGGCAUGUGCGCAGCGACUGUCUACAAUCCUAUACCAGAAGAGAUUCUUCCCCUACUACGUGCACGCAAUUCUCGGGGGGUUGGACGAAGACGGCAAGGGAGCACUCUACUCAUACGAUCCGGUGGGAAGCUAUGAGCGAGAACAAUGUCGAGCAGCGGGCGCAGCGGCGAGUCUGAUCAUGCCUUUCCUAGACAACCAAGUCAACUACAAGAACCAGUACAUCCCGGCGUCGGGCAAGGGACAUGAUUUGCAGCAGCGGCAGAUCGAGCAGUUGCCCCAGGAUGUUGUUGUCGGAUUGGUCAAGGAUGCCUUCACGAGUGCGACGGAGCGGCAUAUUGAGGUUGGUGAUGGGCUGCAGAUGAUGGUGAUAACAAAUGAUGGAAUCGAGGAGUCGUUCACGCCCCUCAAGAGAGACUAA